AUGAAGAUUGGUACUCAUGAUGGUACAUUCCAUUGCGAUGAAGUUCUUGCCUGUUAUAUGCUUAAACUUCUCCCUGAAUACAAAGAUGCAGAAAUUAUUCGCACAAGAGAUCUGGAAAAACUUAAAACCUGCGAUAUUGUUGUUGAUGUUGGCACAGAUUUUGACCACCAGAGAAAAAGAUAUGACCAUCAUCAAAGAGAAUUCAAGGAAACAUUUAGCUCAAUAAAACCUGCUUUUGGUGAAAAGUACAAAAUAAAACUAAGUUCGGCGGGAUUAAUUUAUGCUUUCUAUGGGGAAGAAGUUAUCAAAGAAAUCACACCAAAAGAAUGUUUACUGUCAACAGAAGACUUGAAAAUUAUAUACAAAAAAGUAUAUGAUCACUUUAUAGAGGAAAUAGACGCCAUAGAUAAUGGUGUGCCUAUAGCAAGUGAAGAACCUAGAUACAAAAUAAACACACAUUUGAGUGCUAGAGUUGGUAGAUUAAAUCCAGAAUGGAAUUCAACUAAAGCGAUUGACACUGAUGACCUUUUUAGACAAGCAAUGAAUUUAGUUAGUAAAGAUUUUCUAUAUACUGUAAAUUACUUCACAUCCAUUUGGUUUCCUGCCAGAGAUCAUGUGAAGAAUGCAUUGGAAUCAAGAUUUGAUGUUCAUGAAUCGGGUAAAAUACUUGUGUUGAAACAAUUUUGUCCAUGGAAAGACCACUUGUUUGAUUUAGAAGAAGAAAUGGGACUAACCAAUCAAAUAAAGUAUGUCAUAUUUAAUGACAAGCCGGAGUCUUGGAGAGUGCAAGCUGUGCCUGUUGCUCCAGGCAGCUUUGUUUUAAGAAAAGCACUUCAUGAAAACUGGCGCGGUUUUUCGCUUGAGGCAUUAUCAGAAAUUGCGGGCAUUCAGGGAUGUAUAUUUUGUCAUGCUUCUGGGUUUAUAGGAGGUAAUUCUACUAGGGAUGGUGCUAUAGCCAUGGCAAUAGGUAGUUUAGAUGCUUAA